AUGGCAGACCAACCUACAGGUCAAGGACCCAGCCCCAUCCUCCCCGCCAAUGUCAGUCCCGUGGGGCCACCACCACAAAUCUAUACAGCACCAUUCAGACCAAUCGUCAUACCUCAAGUCUCCAAAUCCUCCCAAAGCACAAUAAUCACCCCCUUCCUCCGCGCCUACAGCGCCACACUCUCAUCCCCACCCUACGGCAUAACUCAAUCCGACUUCCUCACCUUCCUCGACGGCCUCAACGCCGUCUGGAUUGCGAACCCCGUGUUACAAGCGACGAGUAUCGCCGGCCAGGUCAUGGGAGUGAUCCACCCCGUCGAGAUCGCGGGGUUGGUUCUUGAGACUGUUUCCGAGGUCGCGAGCGAGGGGAGUUCGUACCUGCGCACGAGGAGGUAUCUGAAGAAGAUGAAUGCGGUGGUGUUUGAGCCAAGAGGGUUUCGCGUGCGGAUUUGCGGGUUUGAGGAUAUGUUGGAUACUAUCGGUGUUUCGGAGAGGUGGGUGAGGGGGUGCUUGGAGAUGAGGAAAAGCGCGGAUGAAGAGGCGGAUGUUACUCUCGAGAAACUUGAGCGGUUACUUGCAAGUGUGAAUGAGACCGGUGGGGAGAUAGUCCAUCCGCGACUACGGUUGCUUCACGCUCUGGAGGGGUAUGUGGCCCCACUGGACAGGGUGGAUAUGCCGGUGGACACGCAGCAGCAGUCGAGCGUACUGCGGCGCUUGCAUGCCUCGUAUGCUGCCAGGGAGGAACAGAAGCGGACGGAGGGACUAGAGAAGAAACAAAACGAAGGCAGGAAUCGUCAGGUGGCGAAAUACCGAGAAGCUAUUGAGGGGGUACAAAGGAAGAACAAGGAAAUCGCGAAAAUUCAAGAGAGGAUCACUGAAGCUGAAGGGAAGCGUGGAGAUGAUGAGAAAGCGUCAACGAAGAAGAUUGGCCGGCUUACAUCUGAGAUGGGCAAGGUCGAGAAGGAGAAGCAGAGAAAAGUAAAGGAAAAGCUGAGAGAUGCCGAGAAAGUGCUUGAAAAGCUGGAGCAGAAAGAAAUGGAGGAGACGAUGAAGAUCAAGUGGCUCGUCAUUUCUCGAAUUUGAAACAAUCGCGGCUGUCAGAGGGAUGGUUUUGAUGGAAUGAACACCCAGUCCUCGAUCAUGGCAUGAGUACCUCUCGCACGCAAUUUGUCCGGCCCAAAGUAUUGUCGAUCAUGUUUUCGGGGAACGUUCUCGUCCUGUGGCAUGUCCCUGAAGAAGCCACUGAACACAGCAACGCCAUUAUUCCACUACUCGACGAGCUUGAUUUGACGAGCGCUGGACAU